AUGAUUUCCACCAACUCAACGUCGCUGCGACCCGGUCACCACCGCCGUCAACUCUCGACUCCAGCACCCUUCGACGCUGCAAUUAUACCGCAACCCAUGUCUGCAAUCCCAGCGCGCCGCACGCAUCGCCGGGGACAGACAAUGGAUUAUGGUUCGUACGGUCAACAGAUUCCCGCAGUUGACCGACGACAUGCCUCGAAGACAGUCCCGGAGCUUCGAGACUUCUUUAACGCAAAAUCAGCAGGUCUUCCUCAACAGGCACGGAAUGCGCAACAGUUCCCUGCCUACAUCCAACGGUCAGAGCAGUCCUUUAUUCACAAUGGACUCCCUGUGCCCCAACAACACUAUCAAUAUCAGUCAUCACCAAUGUGGAGCCAAGAGGAAUUGCAGGGACUAUACUCGGCAUCCGCUGCCUCGAAUUCCCCAGCAACAUCACUUGCCCCCGCUCUUUCGAGAUCCGCUAGUGAAAGCUCCGACAAGAAUGCUUCGUUGCAGAGCGCCCUCCAUCGCAUGCGCCAGGAGCGCAAUCUUUCAAUGAUGCAAAGAGAGCAGACCACCGGACACCCUCGAGUGAUGCAGCCACUCUCUGUUCAACCAGAGGGUAUCUCACCCAAGAUGAACCCUUAUCUUUCUUACACUUCCCCCCUCACCCCGGAGUCUACCCCGAUGAAGGGAUCCUUUGAUUUUACCAUGUACAGCAAUGACCAAACCCCCACCAAGUCCCAGAGCUUUUCAAUCCCCCGUACCCCUGUCAGCUCCGAAAUGCAGAGAGCCCAGUCCUAUCAGGGCGUAUCUCUGGCUAGUCCCGUGCAGCUCAAGCAUCAUAUCCCUUCCCCCGCCGAAUCGCCUUCUGUCGCCUUCGCCGAAUUGGCCGCAAUGCCUUCCCCAGGCUCUUGUGGCCUUUCUGAUGUCGGCGAGACCCCUUCUCUGGGUGGCCGCCAAGGGCGUGCCGACUCGAUCGAGUCCUCGCUCAUGCCAUCUGGGUCCGACAUGGAGGCCGAGCCCAUUGAUGACUUCGACCUCGAUGCUCGUGUCAAGGCGUCCGUUCGAGAGACGGGCGUCUCCAACGACGAAAUCAACAAGUACAUCUCCGGUCCCGAUCCUAAGGACGGAAAGUGGGUGUGCUUGUGGCACGAUUGCGAGAACUGCCGUUUCGGUCGCAAGGAGAACAUCAAGUCCCAUGUGCAGACCCAUCUCGAUGACCGACCCUACAAGUGCGAUGUUUGCGAUAAGAAGUUUGUCCGAGGCCACGAUCUCAAGCGCCACCUGAAGACCCACACUGGCAAAAAGCCGUUCGCCUGCCGAUGUGGUGCUAGUUUCGCUCGUCAAGAUGCUCUGACCCGUCACCGCCAGCGCGACAUGUGCGUUGGAGGCUACAAUGGCCAUACCUUGAAGACCACGAGACGUGGUCGCCCGCCCAAGAAGAACCGCCCCGAUAUCGAAACCCGCCAGACCAAGUCCACCCGUACCCGCCAACGCGUUGCCGAAAAGACCGAGUCUUUCACACCAAUCAAGACCGAGGGUGCCCUUCUUCAGGAGGCCCCCGUUUUUGCAUCGCCCAACUAUGCUCCAUCCAACAGCAUGUCCUCAUUCACGCCACCUACCUCCCCCGGCGCUAGUCUCAAUGACGUCCCAUCGCCACUGCCAGCUGGAAACUCGUUCUCGUCCCAAUUCGAAGAUGAUCUGCUUCCGCCUCUGUCGCCCCCACAAAUGGCCCACACUCGAUAUGAGCAAGCCAUUGCCCAGUUCAACCCAAACAUGGUUGGAGCGCCCUCUUCUCAGGAGUAUCUUUACAGUGACCCUGCCCUCUCCCCUCACGAUAUGUCCUCGCCGCACACCGCCCCUACACUGGCCGAGUCCUCCGUGGGCUCGGAGAUUGAUUUCUUCAUGACUCAAGAUCCAUCGGAGGAAGUGCAGGAAGAGUUCGGCAACAUAACCACCCAGACACUGUCCAGUUUCUCAAACACCUACUCUUAUGUCGAUUCGUCCGAUUUCCCCACCUCGUCGUUCUACACCGACAUGCCCGAGAAGACUUUCUCUGGCCUCAACCCUCUAGACGAUCCCUAUUCGGAAAUCGACUCGCUCUCCAAUGAGUUCCUGGUUGAUCCUUGA